GCCGCCAAUUCACAACUCCAGGAAACGAUCCGCCCUGUUGCAAAAACUUCGCAGGCUGCAAAGUCGAGGAGAAAGUUGGCUCCAAGGAGCCAAGAGAGGCCAACCAUCGCUGGCCAAGUGGCGCUUUCCAUAUUGAGAGAAUCUGCAGAAGAUCAUUAAAACUACCCUGAGAAUUGCAGGUUCUCCACCCCAACUUCAGAAGCAUCCAUCUUCUCAUUGAAUUGGCAGCCUGUGGAUAAACCAUGGAACUUUGGAUCCCGUCUAAACCCGUUUUUCUGCAUUGUUAUUUAUUCCGACACUCUCCUUGGGAUGGAAGCAUUGAGUGAAGCCUCCAUGUGACGCUACUUUCUUGGCAGAAACUCUGAUGAAAAAGCCCAAAUGAAGGAUCUGGCUUAUCUUUCUUUUUUGGCAUUGAAAAAAUCAUUCCACGACCGUUCACGCCAUUAAGCUUCCCUUCCUGGGAAUGCAGGAAUGGCCAACGGAGGAAGCCAUGGCUUCGGAGAGCAGCCCUACGAGGAGAAAGAGUCAGAAGAAGGUUCUGGAGUUGAAGAGAGAAGAGAUGGAGACUUCCAGUUGGGAGGAAACAGCCUUGUUGGGAAUUUGGACGGCUGGACCUUGUCUUCUUCCCAGGAGAUCCUGGAAGAUGAAGAACUUUUGGGGGAACUGAAGGACUAUCCAUACCUUUUGGAAGAAGCAGAACAAGGUUUUGAUCUCGGUGAACUUCAAGAUCUUGAACAUGCAGGAGAUGUCAAUGCUACAAGUCCCCUGCCAGAGGAGAAAGGGAGUCCCAAGGAUCUUGGCAUGAGGUCUUACUUCCAGCUAGAUAGGAGGCGUGAAGAAGACAGCACUGAAGUUGAGAAGACAAGAGGGACAUGGGACAGCCAGGAGGAUGUCCAAGCUGAGCUUUUUUUUGAAGGCCAGUACAGUUCAGACUUCAGUCCCAGUCCUGAGGUCCUGCAAGACCCUCUUGCUUUGUAUAAAUGCAGCUUUGCCUCCGAUAAUGUGGACGAUGAACUCUCUGGCAGCUCCAACCUUAGCCCUUCUCCCUGUGGUCCCCCUCCAAUGUGCACCCAACUAGAAAUUGAACCUCAAAUUCCGGGUGAGGAUGGUCUGGACUUCCCUGAAGAUCGAAAGUUCUCCUGGGAGUCAGGAAGAAACCCAGAAAGCCAUGGUUCUCUUGCAAGUUCCUUGCAGUACGAUCGUCGCCUCUUGGAUUUCCAAUCUUUGGAAGAUCUUCAGAAUUGUCCCGGCAUCGAUGCCGAGACUUGUCCGGAGUUAUCUUGGAUGGAGAACUUGGAACAACCUCUGGAGAAAGAACCUCAAGCCCUCCAGCAGCUCGCUUCCAACAACGCUGAGGAAAGACUUUUGGAUUCCAGAGGGACAACGCAGAUGCCCCACACCUUCACACGAGUUGGUAGCCAACUGGAGAAGCGCACACGCAAGCCAAAAGCAGAUGUACCCCAUGGGCUGUUGUCCAAAGGUCCAAGGCAGUCCAGAUCUCUGAGCCCUCAACGAAUUACCAGCCAGAAGAAACCGGGACGUCCUGCUUUGAAAGAACCAAACCGAGAGACUUUGUCAAACUCUGGGGCAAGAGACAUCACCCAAUAUGGCCGAGGAAAACUCAACUACCCAUUACCAGAUCUCUCCAAAGUGGAACCCCGGGUCAAGUUCCCCAAGGAUCCUCAAAGCUACCAACCACCUCAAGGGAAGACUUCUCCAGCCAGCAGGAAGGAGGUUAGGAAGCCAGUCAUCUUCAAGUCUCCUGCCGAGAUUGUCCGAGAGGUGUUGCUGAAUAGCGGAGAAGGACCUCACGCAAAAUGCCCCACGCCCACCGUCUCUGUUAUUCCCGAGGAACUGAAGUCCCCCAGACAGGCUACGGAGCUGGUGCAUCAGCUUCAGGAAGACUACCACAAACUUCUAACCAAGUACGCUGAAGCUGAGAAUACCAUCGACCGGUUGCGGCUGAGUGCCAAGGUACGCUUGUACAGCGACCCUCCCAAGCCCAGCCAGGCCGCUGAAAUGGGGAGAAUAUCAGAGGCAUCCAAAGUGGUAACAUUCAGCAUCCCUCAAAUCAGGUCUGCUGAGAUGACCAAGCGGUCCAGCCAAGCAUCCACGAGCGGUUACGGUGAAGGAUUUCCUAGGCAGCCGGCACAACCCUCGUCCUUGAGCUAUUCCAUGGGCAUCGCUUCUUCCGAAACAGAUUGUCCCAUCUCCAGCAAAACACCUUUCUUGGGUGAUCAUCUCACACGAUUGUUAACUGCCCAAGCAAGUAAAUUUCAGACCCAGAUGGAAUUCUUGGAGGAUUUAAUUCAAACCAACCAGCUGGAGGCCACGGACCAGCUGAAGGGGUUUGCAAGAUUGAAGGAAGCUCAGGAAGCACUGGAACAAGCUUAUGUGCAGGCUCGAAAUAAGUACCAGCAGUUGAAUCAGAACGGAGCUAUGGAGACCCUAGGAGAAUUUGAUCCCAACCGAGCAGUGGAAGGCAACAUCUUCCGUCUGGGGCUGUCUUUGGAGGGCAUCAAAGAGAGAAUGGAGCAGUCUACAUGGAACCAACAAGUUGGAGUAGAGAUUUCUCCACAAAGCAUCCCGUCACAUCUCAGCUUCCCAAUCCAGCUUUCUGAGGAGCAAAUGGGAACUCCAACACCUUCUCUUCAUGCUCCGGUCCCAGCUGUCUGCAUGCCGUAUCCUGAGGCCUCUGCCCCCAAGAAGAACAUCACUCAAGUUCAGCUGGAGGGGGACUUGAGUUCCAUCAGUGACGGGGCUGGUGAAGAAGAUUUCCUGGAGCUGCCCCAACCCUGCAAGCCUCAAGAGAAGGAGGAUGUGGAUUAUCUUCUGGAGCAGUCCAGCAGCUUCCGAUCUUUGCCAGAGGUCUUGAGUCACAAACACAAUGCAGAAGAACUGGGCACUGAAGCCACCACAGCUGCUGGGACCAAGGGUGGCUCCUUGCAGAAGCCACCUGCAUCUAAUAAAAUCCCUCCUGCCUCCAAGAGACUUCAAGCGAAGGAGACUCCUGAGCGAUCGCUUAGAAAGGUCCAGCAGCCAACCCACCAAAGCAGGCAUGUGUCUUCCGUCCAAGCAGAAGCAGCUCUCAGUGAACCCGCAGAGAUCAGCCGUCCCAUGGUUGCGGUUCACAAGAUAUUCUCGAGAAGGAAGCAGGAGGCGGAGUUUUCACCUCACAGCAGCAUGGCGAGCGUAAGGGGAAGUGUAGCAUCGGAAUCUGGCGCUCCACAUUCACCCCGGAAGAUGGACACGACGUUGUGUGAGGAUCUGCGCAUCGUAUCUCCAGAGACAGACAGUGGCUUUGUGGGGUCAGAAACCAGCAGGGCGUCUCCUCUAGCACAGAUGCCCAAGCACCAGUUGGUAAAGAUGAGGUGCUACAGCAUCCAGCGACCAUCACCUACGAUUGAUGUGCCUCCCUGCUCACCAUCCUCAAAGAAAGCACCAGGUGUAAUGAAGCACCUGGGACCAGACACAUCACCUGGACAAGUGAAGCCUGAAGCUGGCAGAAACAGACGCACCUUACUGAAAAGAAACCCACUCCCGAAAGCUUCUCCCUGCAGGUGGAUGAAUGAAAUGGAGCCAGAAGACAAUGAGAACUUUCACCCUGACUCUGAGACAGAAACGGAGACCCAGGGUGGUACCAGUCUGGAUGGCAGCCCUCCACCCCGUGGGAGAAAUGGCCCCCGUUCACCCCCAAUUUCUUCCAAUAUGGCCCAGGCUCACCACAAGAACUUUCUUCAUUCGCGCUUGGAACGAGAUGAAGCCAUUGAAGCUUUGCAGCAGGAAGUUUCUCGGUUGCGCCAAAGUCUAGAAGAGUCACUCCAUCGGCAGUCGUCUUCUCCCUACCCGUCUAAAGUCCAGGACACGGCUCACCUUAAUCCAAGCGUCACUCCAGCACGAACUUCAAGGAAAAGCAUGGUGGAAUCUGAUGGAUCAUUUCUGGCCACUGAACCAAAAGGGAGAACCCCAAAGACAACUUUGACUCGACGUGGAUCUGAGUUGGACUUCAAUCCUUCCGAGUCAGACGGUGGUGCACUAUCAAAAUUGCAGAAUGGAAAACAACACAUAACUUCCAGGAUAAGACUAUCCAAACCAUGCACAGUGCAAGGACCUUACACAGGGACACAGUAUCUCAUUUCCACUCCGGGGUCUCCAGACCUCAAGAGACUCCAAACCUCUGCUCUCAGUCCCCAGAGUGUCCAGCUGCAACAUGGAGAAGACCCCGCUGGACCCUUGGAUGGCAACGAAACCAAAGGUGGAUUACCCCUCUCUGAUCCAGGUUCCCCUAGAGAUGGAUCCAGACCUUCUAAGCAAAGAGCGACCGAAGGAUGGUUGUGUCCCUCGUGUAAGGAUUCUUCAAACUCCAGGAACAAAGACAUAGCCGGAGCAGGAGAUCGCAAGGAGAACGCUCCAGAAGAAAGCUCUAGAACCCAACCAAAGUUUAACCAACACCAGCAACCAAAACAGGCCGGCCUCUGGUACUUGGCGGUGCCGUCUGCAGCUACCUCUCUGAAUUACAUCCCAGCUAUUCCCUUGGCACAAUACCCCAUCUCUUCCAUAAUCUAUUCUCCGCCACCCGUCACUACCUCAAUCUGCUCUUCGGUAGCUCUUCCGGCUUAUGAGGCCACCAGACCGCAAGAAUCAGAGUGGAAAAUGUCACCGCAGCGUGUCCGGGAGUAUCACUGCUGCUCCAGGACCUUCUUGCCUUCCACCAGUUUGGAAGACUUAAACUGGACUUUAAACCGGGCCGUGGAAGCUGCUAAAGACAUGAAGUUCACCACCGAACAGAUGAACAAAUCUCUAAGUUGGGCCUUAAGGAAAGCCAGGAGUCCCAGAACAUCCUGUCUCUUCUGACCAGAAGGGACCUAAGAGAAGAGAAAGCCACGGAAUGAGGGAAACCAAUAAAAUGGACCAAGUUGCUUGGCUCGUUGGGACUCCGCGCAUGUUUUGUUGGGUUUUGUGUGCCAAAGAACAACGCUUUGCAACCCCUUAGUUGACUGGGGAGAAUAACGUAUCCGCAGCGUUUGGGAAAAGUGGACUUUUACAACAGCGCUUCCUCUAAUUUGCUCCCUUCUUCGAACAAUUGGGAUGCCUUCUGCUAUUUUGGAAAGCCUCUUCUUUUGGACCUGGGCUUUGUAGCUUCCUCUCAGGGAUGUUGCUAUUAAUAAUGUUAAUAAUAAUAAUACCGUAGGAAUAAUAAUAAAUAAUAGGCAGCUUGGACACAAGAGGCAAAGGUGAGGAAAGAAAGAAACAAGAUACCUGCCUUCUUCGAGUACAUUCUAGGGAUUUGAGGUGUCCAUUGUGGUCUCUGAGCUUGGUGGUUUUGCUGCAGACAUUUCACUACCCAACUAGGUA